GGUGCUGCAGACCUAGCAGCCCUUGGGCUGAUGGCUCGGGCUGCCGGGCUUCGCCGCGCCGGCCCGCGCGCCCUCCAGCUCGCGCCACCGCCGCCGCUGCAGCUACUGCUGCUGCUGCUGCUCCCGCCGCCGCUGCCGGCCAGGGCCCUGCGGCCGCCGGAUGCCCACCUCCACCACCCAGGGAGGAGGGGGCCGCAUCUCUGGCAAGAAACUCUGCCUAGCAGCCUGGCUUCUGCAUCUGCUGCCCAGGAGACCUCUCAGCCUGUUAGAGGCCCCAGGACUCCUCGCUGUGGUGUGCCUGACCCACCCGAUGGCUUGGGGGCUCGGAACCGACAAAAGCGCUUUGUCUUGUCGGGUGGUCGCUGGGAAAAGACAGACCUCACCUACAGGAUCCUCCGGUUCCCCUGGCAACUGGUUCGAGAACAGGUGCGGCAGACGGUUGCAGAGGCCCUACAGGUGUGGAGCGAGGUGACGCCACUUACUUUCACCGAGGUGCUGGAGGGUCGUGCGGACAUCAUGAUUGACUUCACCAGGUAUUGGCAUGGAGACAACCUGCCCUUUGAUGGGCCUGGGGGCAUUCUGGCCCACGCCUUCUUCCCAAAGACCCACCGAGAAGGGGAUGUGCACUUUGAUUACGAUGAGACCUGGACUGUUGGGGACAACCAGGGCACAGACUUCCUGCAGGUGGCAGCUCACGAAUUUGGCCACAUGCUAGGGCUGCAGCACACAACAGCAGCUAAGGCCCUGAUGUCCCCGUUCUACACAUUUCGCUACCCGCUGAGCCUCAGCCCAGAUGACCGCAGGGGCAUCCAAUACUUGUAUGGACAGCCCCGGCAAGCUCCCACAUCCAGGCCUCCAGUCCUCAGUCCCCAGGCUGGGGUAGAUACCAAUGAGAUUGCUCCUCUGGAGCCAGAAACCCUGCCAGAUGCCUGUGAGGUCUCCUUUGAUGCAGUUUCUACGAUCCGCGGGGAGCUUUUCUUCUUCAAGGCGGGCUUCGUGUGGCGGCUGCGUAGGGGCCAGCUGCAGCCAGGCUACCCAGCACUGGCCUCCCGCCAUUGGCAGGGGCUGCCCAGCCCCGUAGAUGCUGCCUUCGAGGAUGCCCAGGGCCACAUUUGGUUUUUCCAAGGUGCUCAGUACUGGGUGUAUGAUGGUGAGAAGCCAGUCCUGGGCCCUGCCCCCCUUUCUGAGUUGGGCCUGCUGGGGUCUCCGGUCCAUGCUGCCUUAGUUUGGGGCCCUGAGAAGAACAAGAUCUACUUCUUCAGAGGAGGUGACUACUGGCGUUUCCACCCUAGCAUCCGCCGUGUGGACAGUCCUAUUCCCCGUCGGGCCACUGAUUGGCGAGGGGUACCUUCUGAGAUUGAUGCCGCCUUCCAGGAUGCUGAUGGCUAUGCCUACUUCCUGCAAGGGCGCCACUAUUGGAAGUUUGACCCUGUGAAAGUAAAGGCCUUGGAGGGCUUUCCCCGCCUCGUGGGCCCUGAUUUCUUCGACUGCACAGAACCUGCCAACACUUUCUAAAAGUGGUGGGGAUGCCCUCAUGGCCUGUGAUGUGAUAUCGCCGGACCGCUGACAUCUCAACCAUCCUGUGAUCCUCUUUGUGACCUGGGGCCACCAGGCAUAGGAUGGAACUGUAUCUCCACAGGAGUGGGAAGGAACACUGCCACAGUGACAGCUGCUGGGAGGUGGCCAUGCUGGUCAUGGUCACCCACUAGCCACUGCCCCAAACUUGGCAGGGAGACUUGAGCCCCACCUGUGUAGAUCAUAGUUACACUCGGCCUGGCCUUUUCCUCCAUCCCUGCCCUUUAGGAUAGGGCCUCAGCAGGGAUGGGGAGCAGGGGCUCCAGCUCUCACUGUUCCUCUUGUGAGGCUGGUGCCGGGGGGGCUGGAGUGCCACAGCCUUCUGUUCUUUUCUGAGAAGUCAGUUCUGGGUAGGUGCUUGCAACUGCUUGUCUUCCAAUGGAUGAUCCUGGAGACACAGUCCCCAGAAUACAGGUCAAAAGGUCCUGUCAGUUGGAUGCUUCCUGCUGGGGACCCGGGGCCCUGGAGGCCCCAACAUACCUCAACUUGUCAUGGGCUGGAUCAUUCCUACCCUCAUCCUGUGUUGCGACCCUCCAAAGCCAUUGUAAAUGUGUAUACAGUGUGUACAGAGCCUUUUUUUUUUUUUUUAAUGCUGAGAAUUGUUAUUAAAUACAUCAUUUUCUACCUGC